UUACUUCCAUGCCAAGCUAUCUAUCCAUUCCAUUUAUUUUGGGUUAUUCAUCAUCAAAUUAUAUUCCUAAUACUCUUCAAUUUCUCUUUGCUUGCUUAAAAGAAUAUUAUAAUAGUAAUGGCUCUACUACAUCCAUAUGCCUCCUUCACAUUUUCUAUCAUCUUUAUCCCUUUCAUUUUAAGCUAUUUCUGUUUGUCCGUUAAGGACACGCCUUAUGAUUAUUACCAUCAAGAAGCUUACGGUUAUGGACAUGAUUCUCUAGCUUAUCCUUCACACUUGACGGCCAUUGAAGAUGCAGAGUUUGAGGAGUAUUUGAUCAAGCUCAUGAGAAAAGAAAUUUUAGGCUCAAAUGUUGUUGGUUUAUUUUCCACGGCUAAAAAUACUGUAAUUGUUGAUGAUUUUGGAGCUAAAGGCGACGGAUCAACUGAUGACACUGAGGCGUUCAAAAAGGCGUGGCAAGAAGCUUGUUCACAAGGAGCUGUCCUUGUGGUGCCUGGGGACAAAACAUAUUAUCUUAAGCCGAUCAGAUUUUCAGGUCCUUGCAAACCAAAUCUUAUGGUUGAGAUAUAUGGAACAUUAGAAGCAUCGGAUAGUCAAUCUGACUACCGGAAAGAUAGGAAGCAUUGGCUUCUGUUUGAUAGUGUUGAGAAUUUAUUAGUGGAAGGUGGUGGAACUAUUAAUGGCAAUGGGAGGAUUUGGUGGCAAAACUCCUGCAAAGUCAAUAAAUCCCUUCCUUGCAAAGAUGCACCAACGGCCCUGACCUUCUAUAGAAGCAAAAAUUUGGUGGUGAGGAAUCUGAAUAUCCAAGAUUCGCAGCAAAUUCAUGUUUCUUUUCAAAAAUCAACAAAUGUUAUGGCUUCAAAUCUCAUGAUAACGGCACCAGCAGACAGCCCCAACACCGAUGGAAUUCAUGUGACUAAUACCCAGAACAUAAGAAUUACAAGCUCCACUAUAAGAACAGGUGAUGAUUGUAUUUCUAUCGUUGGUGGUUCCCAAAAUGUGCAAGCUGAAGACAUAACCUGCGGACCAGGCCACGGAAUCAGUAUUGGAAGCCUUGGGGCCAAAAAUUCGGAGGGUUAUGUUUCAGGAGUAACCGUGAAUGGAGCCCAAAUUUCUGGAACAACAAAUGGCGUUAGGAUCAAGACGUGGCAGGGAGGGUCAGGAACUGCAAGCAACAUCAAAUUCCAAAACAUAUACAUGUUUAAUGUUUCCAAUCCCAUUAUAAUCGACCAAAAUUAUUGCGACCAAGAGGAGCCCUGCAAGGAACAGAGCUCAGCAGUACAAGUGGAAAAUGUUGUGUACAAAAACAUAUUAGGAACAAGUGCUUCGGAUGUGGCAGUGAAAUUUGACUGCAGUAAGAGCUAUCCAUGUGAGGGGAUUGUGUUGCAAAAUAUAAACCUACAAAAACAAGGAGGUAAUGCUGCACAAGCCGAAUGCAACAAUAUUGUUAAUUUGGAUCAAAUUGGAUUUGUCUCACCAUGCUGCCCGUGAGAAUUAUUAGGAGAUUUAAUGGAGUUCAAGUGGGUCAAUGGAGCUGUGGACACCAGAUAAAUCAAAUUGCUGUAAAGAUAAUGACCAAUUAGGCUGCCAUAGUUCAUAGUAUAUAGUGAAUUAGAAAAAUAUACUAAGAGUAAAUAUUAUAUGUACAUAUAAUAAGUAUUAAUAAUGAUCAGUAACUAUAUAAUUAAAUGAUUUUGUACGAAAGAUAAAAUAAUAUUCAAUGAUAUUAUAUACAUCAUUUGUAUCAAAUUUUUAUUAAAUAAUCUUAUGUACACUCCAUCAUAAAAUAGUAUUUGGCUUUAGAUAAUUUAAGAAGGUGGAUUUGGCCUUACAAAUUUCAGGUUUCGCUGGUGCUAUAUCAGCUUGCCGAAGGAUUGAUGGAGUCCUUUGGAAUGCAUUAUUAGGAUAUAUAAUUAGUGUGUGUAUAAAUAUUAAUUAAAUAAGAUUAAUUCGAUACGUUGUUUUAA